AUGACUUCAUCUUUCAACCAGACCUGUGAUCCAGUUGUCCCGUCACUCAACCCUUUCUUUGUACUGGUCUACAGUCUGGUGUUUCUGGUAGGUUUACUCCUCAAUGGCUUCAUCCUAAAGUUUUACAUUGGUCAAGCUCAGCAGCAGGAGUCAAACAGUUUGAUGGUCUACCUGAAGAACCUGACAGCUGCUGACGUCCUGCUCUGCCUCUCUCUGCCACUGCGCAUCACCCACUGUGGUAGCAAGUCACUCAUCAUUCGAAGGCUCUACUGCAGCUUUGGAGCUUCUGCUGUCUAUGUCAACAUUUAUGCCAGCAUCAUAUUCAUGUGUUAUAUCGCUGCCAACAGGUAUCUGAAGAUCGUCCAUCCUUCAGGAACUCAUGUCCUGCAGUCACUGCGAACUGCGCACAUCAUCUCCAUGGUCACCUGGGUUUGUCUCCUGGCUCCAUCAGUUACAUACGCCAUCGUCUUUUUCAUCACCCAGAAACCUCUGACGUUUACCCCCAGCCACUGUGGGGCCCUCUUUAGUGUAUCGAUCAGCCUGUUCUUCAAAAUCCUCCACACCCUCUGCACCAUCAUCUUCCUCUUGGUCUUCAUAUCCCUGGUCUUCUUUUACUACAGCAUCUCCCGCAGGGUGUUGCAGGCACAGCAGAGGCAGCUGGCCUCCUCCAAUGCUAAGAAGCUGGUGAAGUCUCGCAGGAACAUGUUGGUGCUGGUCAGCAUCUUCUGUGUUUGUUUUGUCCCCUUUCACCUGGUUCGACUUCCUUAUGCUUUUCUGUGGAACAGCUGCUCUGUUGGUUCAGUGUUGUACUACCUGAAGGAGGCAGCCAUCAUGCUGUCAGUUUUCAACAUCUGUCUGGACCCUGUUGUUUACUUUUUCCUCUGUAAGACUUUUCGAGCCCAGGUGAGAAAGAUGUCCAGGAGAGUCGAUGAUCCAAACGAACAAGCAAACAGACCAGAAGAGUGA